AUGUCACCUCCUGCUGCAAUGAUGUCAUGGAGCCUUUGCUUCAGAGACAUGGCAGAUGAUGGACAAAUCGAUGCACAUGAGAUCACAGCCCAAUAUGCCCAUUAUGGGAAUGACUACCUCCUCCUUCGACUCUCUUCUGCCCUUCCUCCCAUCUGCAUCCGCACCACCUCUGGAACUCCUACAUUGUUCUGGAACCUCAGGACAUACCUCAACUCUCACUCCUCUUUCUGGACCUCCUACCUCCGGGCCUCCCCUACCACACCUCCACCUCCUCAGACCUCUUGUUCAAAGGAUAUGGACCUCGGUCACCUACUUGUUGUUGGUAACCCUCAAGUUGUCUAUCCACCCUCCUUCUUACUUCUGGUCUCCACACCUCUGGCACCUCCAGUUGUGUACCUCCGGUACCUCCCCACUCCUACCUUACCUCUGGUCACGUUAUUCCUUAUUGUUUUAUCAUUUGAUAUUUCCUACAACACCAAUAUUCCGGACUAUGACUUCCGGGCUCUGGACUCUUCUGGAUGUCUCCCCUUGUAG